CCCACCCGCUAGUUUCGGUUUCUACCAAAUCUUGGUUCGAGUCCUUUCAUAGUGUCUUGAGUUCGAGUCUCAUCUCGACGCUACGAUAAAUGGGGUGUUGGAUACGGGAAGAGGCGCCCUUCCCUCCCAACACAUACUCCACCAAACCCUGCAGGUACUGGCCCCAGGUUCGAGUCCUAUUUUGGUUGUGGGGCCACAGUUUUAGGUUCAAGUCCUUCAGUGGGUUUGAGUCCCUCUCGUUGUGGUACGCCGGCGCACCGACUGAGGGACGCCUCACUCGAACGCUGGCACAUGGGAAAGCCCAAUCUUAACCUUAAUUUGUUUGGGCUAUUCCCCCGCCGCAGGAACACUAGCUCGGCUGACGGUCCCCUUGAAUUCUUUUUCACCACGCGUGGCCUUAUAUCUCUUACCUUCCUUUCUCUCCUUAUCUGCCUCCUCAUUUUUCUUACCACUUCCACUAAACAAGAAUGGGAAACUCUCAAAGCCAGCCUAUCAACCUGGUCCUCCAGCAUUUUGGGGAUUUUAAAAAGAGGGCGGCGGGCAUGGGAUUAAAAGUGAAGAAAGGGAAACUCCAAACCUUCCUUAACGUGGAAUGGCCCACAUUUGGAGUAGGCUGGCCCUUUGGGGGUACGUGGGAUAGAACCGUAAUUUCAGCCGUGAGGGCAAGGAUCCUCCUUCCUGGGAAGGAGGGGCACCCUGACCAAAUGCCAUACAUCCUCACAUGGCAAUCCCUAGCCCAAGAUCCUCCGCCUUGGCUCCAGCUCUACAUGGACCUGAUGCAAGCCUUGGCACUCACCCUAGACCAACGAGCCGCCGCCACCGCUGGGGGCAAACAGCUGGACCCCUCGGCACCCCCCGUCCUCCCAGCCCCUGAAGAGCCUCUAUUGGAUCUUCCCCUACCACCCCCCUAUAAUCCACCAGCCCCCCUUUAUCCCCAUCCCCCAGGGGAAGCUCAAGCACCAUCCCUGGGACCACCCUCUCCUCCCCCAGCCCACCGGACGAGGGGACGCACUCUCCCACAGGAGGAAGCUGUACAACCAUCCUCCACUGUGGCCCUCCCUGUCCGGGCGGUAGGGCCCAUGGUCCCGGGAGGACCGUUAAUGCACCAGUAUUGGCCUUUCACCUCCUCUGACUUAUAUAAUUGGAAACAUCAGAACCCCCCCUUUUCAGAACUUAUAGACCUCUUGGAGUCUGUCUUCUUAACCCACAGCCCCACUUGGGAUGACUGUCAGCAGCUCCUUUGCACCCUCUUUACCGGCGAGGAGCGCAACUGCAUCCUAGUAGAAGGGCGUAAGUUGAUUUUAGGAGAUGAUGGCUGCCCCACCACUGACAACGUGCGGCUUAAAGCAGCCUUCCCCUCUAACCAACCCGACUGGGACUUAUCCUCGGAACAAGGUAGGGAGCGUCUUCAGUCCUAUCGCCAGAAUCUCCUAGCGGGCCUCCGUGCAGCAGCACAGAAGCCUACUAAUUUGACUAAAAUUGGGGCAGUUAGACAAGGGCCAGAGGAGACCCCGGCAGCCUUUCUAGAACGGCUGCAGAAUGCCUUCCGGAUCUACUCCCCUAUGGAUCCCGCCGCCCCCGGCAAUCAAACCGCCAUUUUAUUAGCCUUUGUUAACCAGUCAGCUCCUGACAUCCGGAAAAAGCUACAAAGGGUAGAUGCCUUCACAGCACAAUCCCUGGAGGAGCUAAAGGUGGCAGAAAAGGUCUAUAACUCUAGGGAAACCCCCGAUGAGAGGGCGGAACGGCUUAGGGGACGGGACUCGGGCCCCCUCCCUGAGCCCUGGGUAACUGCUCGUAUUGAGGGGACUGCCGUUCCCUUACUAGUAGACACGGGGGCAGAACACUCAGUUCUCAAACAGACCUUCGGGGACGUAACCUCUAAGUUUUCCGUGGUUCAGGGGGUAGCCGGCUCCCGCCCAUACCCCUGGACCACUGAACGGACGGUGGACCUUGGCUCCCACACCGUUUCCCACUCCUUUCUGGUCAUCCCCGAUAGCCCUGCGCCCCUUCUGGGCCGGGACCUCCUACACAAACUCGGCGCCUGUAUAUGCUUCCACCAGGACUCGGUAUCGAUCACAGAUGCCGAAGGGACUCCCCUCACCAUCCUUACAAUGGCCCUCCAAGAUGAGCACCGCCUUUUCUCCGCCCCCAUCUCGAAAGACAUUCCUCCACACAUCAGACCCUGGGUAGAAGCCUACCCAGGAGUGUGGGCAGAGGUUUCAGGUGUGGGACUAGCAAUCCACCACGCCCCAGUAGUGAUCCCCCUGAAGGCCGGAUCCACGCCAGUGCGGGUUAAGCAGUAUCCCAUGCUGCUAGCAGCACGACAGGGCAUCCAACCACAUAUUGAGAGACUUAUGAAAGCCGGGAUACUAAUCCCCUGCAAGUCCCCAUGGAAUACCCCCCUCCUGCCAGUCAGGAAACCCGGAUCCGGGGACUACCGCCCAGUUCAGGACCUUCGGGAAGUUAACAAGCGAGUGGAGGACAUCCACCCCACUGUCCCCAAUCCCUACACUCUACUCAGCAAUCUACACCCCUCGCUCACAUGGUAUACCACUCUGGACUUAAAAGAUGCCUUUUUCACACUGCCCUUGGCCCCCGUAAGCCAACCCAUUUUUGCCUUUGAGUGGCGCUCGCUAACCUCCCAAGUCGUCUCACAGAUGACCUGGACCAGACUCCCCCAGGGACUGAAACUCAGCCCGACACUCUUCAGCGACGCACUAGCGCAUGAUCUGGAAGAAUUCCGCUCCAGCCAUCCAGACGUGACCCUCUUGCAGUACGUGGAUGACCUCAUCGCAUCACCGUCCGAAGAGCAAUGUAAAGAAGCCACUCGUGCGCUCUUACAGUGCCUCCAGGAUGCCGGAUACCGGGUCAGUGCCAAGAAAGCCCACAUAGCGCGGACUGAGGUAACGUUUCUGGGGUAUCGCCUCAAGGGGGGCUUCCGGUGGCUCACACCAGCAAUGACCUAAUCCAUCCUGGCAAUCCCCACCCCCUCCUCUCCGAGGAAAGUCCGGGAAUUCCUCGGCACGGUAGGGUAUUGCCGCCUAUGGGUUCCCGACUUUGCCACCAUAGCGAACCCCCUCUACCAGGCCGCUAGGGAGUCCAGAGAAUGGACCUGGACACCAGAAAUGGACUCCGCCUUUCGGAGACUCCGAACGGCCAUGCUGAAGGCACCAGCCUUAGCCUUACCCGACCCUGAGAAGCCCUUCCUCCUCUUUGUGGAUGAAAGGCAAGGGGUGGCCAAAGGAGUCCUCACCCAGAGGCUAGGACCAUGGGACAGGCCGGUCGCUUACUUGUCCAAAAAGAUGGACCCGGUUGCGUCAGGAUGGCCAGCGUGCCUCCGCAUAAUUGCGGCAGUUGCCUUACUGGUCAAAGACGCAGACAAGCUGACCCACGGCCAGGCACUGACGGUAGCCAUGACUCAUGCCAUAGAGACAGUCCUACGACAGCCUCUGGUCAGAUGGCUCUCCCAUUCCAGACUCACCCAUUAUCAGUCCCUGCUUCUCAAUGAACCCCAAAUCACCUUCAAGGUUACAACAGCCUUAAACCCAGCCACCCUGCUACCUUCGGGGGAGCAACCAAGCCUCCACUCCUGUCAGGAGAUAUUGGUGGAGGCGAUCUCGGCCAGGCCAGAUCUCAAGGACACGCCGCUACCCAACCCAGAACUUGUUUAUUUUACUGAUGGGAGCAGCUUCAUCACUCCUUCCGGGGCCAGGGUAGCAGGGGCAGCAGUAGUCAAUGAUGAAGGAACCGUUGUUUGGGCGGCCAAGCUCCCGGAAGGGACGUCAGCUCAGCGAGCCGAACUUCUCGCCUUAGAAGCAGCCUUACGGGCGGCGAGAGGGAAACGUGUAAACAUUUACACAGACAGCCGCUAUGCAUUUGCCACCUUGCACGUUCACGCCCCCAUUUACUGCGAGAGGGGAUACAUAACAUCCACCGGGAAGCCGAUAGCACACCUACAUUACAUCCAGGAACUGUUAGGGGCCAUAUGGGAACCCUGCCAGGUCUCCGUUAUACACACACCGGGCCACCAGAAGGGAGACUCCCACCCGGCGCUGGGAAAUAGAUGGGCGGAUGAGGCCGCCAGGAAGGCAGCAAUUCAAGCCCCAAUGCCCUCAGUCCUCACCCUUACCUCAUCCCCCGAUGACCUCCCGAUCCCGACCCCUCCCUCGGAACCGGCCCAGUACUCAAAGGAAGACCGGAUAUGGGUAGGAAAACAAGAGGGGGCAGCUCCGAGGGACCACGAGGCGUUCUCCCGGGACAAGGAGGGCAACCUCCUCUUGCCCCACUCAGAAGGCUGCCUGUUGGCUACCCACCUCCACUGCCUCACCCACUUAGGACACCGCAACCUCCGGGAGCUUCUAUGCAAGGGGCGGAUAAGGUUCCGCGGAAUGGACUCCUUCCUCGAGGAACUUGUCCUCAAGUGCACCACCUGUCAGCUUGUACAGCCUGGGAAACCAACCCCAGCCCCCGGAACCCGCCUGCGAGGAACGCGACCCUGCGAGCAUUGGGAGCUUGACUUCACAGAGGUAAAAUCAGGGAAAUUCGGGUACCGGUACCUCCUUGUCAUGAUCGACACCUUUACAGGAUGGCCAGAAGCCUUCCCUACAAAAACUGAAACCGCCCAGGUAGUGGCCAAACACUUCCUAGAAGACAUCAUCCCCAGGUACGGGUCACCCGCUUCCCUAGGAUCGGACAACGGCCCGGCCUUUGUCAGCCGAACCAUUCAGCUCUUAGCGAAAGGCUUGGGGGUAAAUUGGAAAUUGCAUUGUGAGUAUAGGCCCCAGAGUUCAGGGCAAGUGGAGAGAAUGAAUCGGACCCUAAAAGAGUUUCUUACUAAGCUCACCUGGGAGACUGGCCGGGACUGGGUGACCCUCCUUCCCCUUGCCCUUUUUAAAGCCUGUAAUACACCGGGCCCUCUAUCCCUCACCCCUUACGAAAUCCUUUAUGGCUCCCUACCCCCGAUACUCCCCUCCACACCGUCCCCCGAGAAGACCCCUCCCCACCUUCGAGAAUUUGUUCUCUCCCUGUCCCAGAUACAUACGGAUCUGUGGCCACGUCUUCGCGCCAGGUUCCAGCCGCCCCCUGCUGAACCACACAAACUCCAGCCGGGCGACUGGGUGCUGGUCAAGAGACAUCGGAAGGAAACUCUCCAGCCCAGGUGGAAGGGACCGUACGUGAUCUUGCUGACUACUCCCUCAGCUAUCAAGGUAGACGGGAUAGGCCCCUGGAUCCACCACUCGCACGCUAGACCGACCGCAGCACUGAACCCAGACUGGCAAGCCAAGAUCCACCCUCACAACCCCCUGAAGCUGACGCUUAGCCGAACCUAAUGGCUGGGAGGCUCCACCUCCUCCCGUUAACCCUAGCCCUCCUCCUCCGUAACAUUGCAUUCACCUCCCCAUCCCCGACGCAGUGCCCAGAGGGAUACACUCCCAUACGCAGUCGAGACCACGGCACAAGUUGCGCAACAUGGUGCAGCACCCAGA